AUGGACGCUCUACCUAGAAUGAUACCAAGCAAUCACGGACUCGACAAGCGAGCCACUUUUGUACAAGGAGGGCGAACACUGGAUCUCACAGGUCAUCUUCACUACGACGUCUUCAAUCAAGAUAAAUUCUUGCGCAUAGGUGUCGACGGUGUCGAAGUGCGCAUGAGGCUUGUUCGUUCGAAAGGUUUCUUCUGUCUUAUAGAGGGAAAUACUAUGUCACAGAUACGCAUUUUAGAUGCUACGCUAUGCAUUAGAAGAGCUAGAAUAAACCCAGGCAUAUUACUUGUUCAUACGCAAAUGUUGACCAGGACUACUGCUAAAUACCCAUUCACGAGAGUCGAGGUUAAAUCAUUCAUGAUUCAUAGCGGCGUCGUAGGAGAGACACUAGACAACGUCAUUCUUGGACAAACACCAAAGCGCAUAAUUAUCGGCUUUGUCGAUAACAAAGCGUUUAACGGUGCCCGGCAUUUAAAUCCAUUCAAUUUCCAGCAUUACGGAAUAAAUUUAUUUUCGUUGUAUGUUGAUGAUACUCAAGUCCCUUGCAGACCGUUACAUCCCAAAUUCUUUGGUGACGAGAUGCUCUACACCGAGGCGUAUCACACCCUUUUCUCAGGAACGGGCAUUCACUUUUUGAACGAAACUAAUUCUAUAUCCAGAGAAGAUUAUCCUGCUGGUUAUACUCUUUUCGCUUUUGAUCUUACGCCUGAUCUGUCAUCUAAUUGCACGGACUAA